AAAAACAACAAAAAAUGCUCCAAAUUUACAGGCCACACCACACCAGCAAGAAAUUUAAAUUCCUCGAAAAAGGAAAAAUAGUAAAAGAAAAGGGGAAAUUUCACAUCUCCAAAGGCAAAGGCAAAGGCAAAGGCCAAACCCCUUUCUACUGCAUGCAGAAUUGAGUUGAAGACCCCCUUCUCACUAAAACCCCUUUCGCUUCCCCUCUCUAUUUUCUCUCUCUCUACUUCCAGUUGCCGGCCGAUUCCCGGACAAGGGGUUCACCUUUUCUAAUUUUCUCGGCUUAUUUCUGCGUACACUCUAAUUUGAAGCUACAUUUCGAAUUCGCCGCUGGUUCUUGUCCCACAUUUCUAUGGUUUAAGAAUUAGUUGUUGGAGGAAAUGGAAGGCCCUUUACCACCCGCAGCAUUUGAGGCGAAGAUAAAAGGGAUCAGAUUUACUCUGGCCACUCGUCAGGAGAUUUCUAAAGCAUCAAUCAGCGACUGCCCAAUCAGCCAUGCCAGCCAGCUGUCAAAUCCAUUUCUUGGCCUGCCACUUGAUAGUGGCAAAUGCGAGUCUUGCGGCACGGGUGAGGCUGGGCAAUGUGAAGGCCAUUUUGGAUACAUCGACUUGCCAACUCCUAUUUACCAUCCCGAUCAUGUCGGUGAGCUAAAAAGGAUGUUGAGCCUACUGUGCUUGAAGUGCUUAAAGUUCAAGAACAGGAAGGUGAAUAGUAACGGUGUUAUUGAAAAUUUGUUAUCCUCUUGCUGCGAGGAGGCCUCACAAAUAUCUAUCAACGAAGCCAAGACUAGUGAUGGGGCUUACUAUUUAGAGCUGAAACUCCCUUCGAAAUCAAGACCUAAACACGGAUGCUGGAAUUUUUUGGAAAAAUAUGGAUUCCGUUACGGAGAUAUGAAUUCUCGGCCAUUGCUUGCUUCUGAGGUGGCGGCAAUGCUAAGAAAAAUCCCCCAGGAGACCAGAAAAAAGCUCUCUGCCCGAGGUUACUACCCUCAAGAAGGAUAUAUCCUCCAGUACUUAUCUGUUCCUCCUAACUGUCUGUCUGUGCCUGAUGUUUCUGAUGGAAUCAGUACAAUGUCUACGGAUUAUUCUAUAACGUUGCUUAAAAAGGUGUUGAGACAAGUAGAGAUCAUAAAAAACUCAAGGUCAGGGAAUGCAAAUUUUGAGUCUCAGGAGAUUGAAGCCAAUGAUUUGCAAGCAGCCGUGGCUCAAUAUUUUCAGUUCAGGGGCACAGGCAAGGCUUCUCGUGACGUUGAUGGUCGCUUUGGAGUCAACAAGGAAGAAAAUGUGUCUUUUACCAAAGCAUGGCUUGAGAAGAUGAAAACGUUGUUUAUAAGGAAAGGCUCUGGUUUUUCUUCUAGAAGUGUGAUAACUGGUGACCCGUUUAAAGGAGUGUCAGAGAUUGGGUUGCCAUUUGAAAUAGCCCAAAAGAUAACAUUCGAGGAGCGGGUAAAUGAUCAGAAUAUGCUAUUUUUACAGAAGCUGGUUGAUGAAAAACUUUGCUUAACGUACAGGGAUGGUCAGUCGACAUAUUCCCUGAGGGAAGGCUCAAAAGGGCAUACAUUUUUGAGGCCUGGUCAAGUUGUGCAUCGUAGGAUAAUGGAUGGGGAUAUUGUCUUCAUUAAUAGACCACCAACUACGCACAAACAUUCUCUACAAGCUUUAUCAGUUUACAUUCACGAUGAUCAUACCGUGAAGAUUAAUCCUCUUAUUUGCGGUCCCCUUAGUGCUGAUUUUGAUGGGGAUUGUAUCCAUUUGUUUUAUCCCCAAUCUCUUGAAGCUAAAGCAGAGGUGGUGGAGCUCUUCUCAGUAGAGAAACAGCUACUUAGCUCCCACACUGGGAACUUCAAUUUGCAGCUGGCAACUGACUCACUGCUAUCACUAAAAUUACUGUUUAGAAAGCCCUUUUUGGUACGAGCAGCAGCACAGCAGUUGGCCAUGUUUGUGCCGGAAGCGCUAUCUGCACCUGCAGUAAUGAAGUCCAGAAAUGGCCCUCUUUGGACUGCAUCACAGAUUUUGCAGACAACUUUUCCUCCAUCCUUUGAUUGUUCUGGAGAGAGACAUAGGAUAUGCAAAAGUGAGGUGCUGUAUCUAGACUACAAUAGGGAUGUGAUGGCCUCUAUCAUCAAUGAUAUAGUCACCUCACUUUUCUUCUUGAAGGGACCAAAGGAGGUCUUGAGGUUCUUCAAUUCUAUCCAGCCUUUAUCAAUGGAAAGUCUUCACACAGAGGGUUUUAGUGUUAGUUUGAAGGACUUUUUCCUUACUCGGGAUGUUUUGGAGGAUAUCCAGAAGGAAAUUCAGAAGAUCUUCCCGUUAUUGUGUGAUUUGCGAGCUUCAUAUAGUGAAUCAGUUGCCUUGCAAGUGGACAGCUACUUGCGCAGUGUGAAGAUCCCUGUUACUAACUUCAUACGUGAGUCUUCAGCAAUUGGCAACCUGAUAGAUUCCAAGAGUGAAUCUGCUUUGAGUAAAGUGGUUCAGCAGAUCGGUUUCUUAGGAAUACAAAUAUCAAGUAAGGGGAAGUUCUACUCGGAAACUUUGGUCAAGGACAUGUCGUCUCUGUUUCGAAAGAAAUAUCCUUCUUAUGAUGAUAGUCCUUAUGAAGAAUUUGGCUUAGUUGGUAGACCUCUCUUUAGAGGAUUGGACCCCUAUCAGGAGAUGGUUCAUUCAAUUUCCAGCAGAGAAGUGAUUGUCCGUUCAAGCCGAGGAUUGACUGAACCUGGCACACUCUUCAAGAAUUUGAUGGCCAUCCUUAGAGAUGUUGUCAUAUGCUAUGAUGGUAGUGUGAGGAAUACGUGCAGCAACUCAAUUGUUCAAUUUGAGUAUGGAGUGAAUAGUGCCAAUGUUGCAAGUGAGUUCUGUGCUGGUGACCCUGUUGGAGUUUUAGCUGCAACUGCCAUGUCCAAUCCUGCUUACAAGGCUGUGCUGGAUUCUUCUCCAAGUAGCAACUCCUCCUGGGAUAUGAUGAAGGAGAUACUGCUUUGUGGAGUUGGCUUCAAGAACGAUAUUGCUGACCGCCGCGUGAUUCUUUACCUAAAUAACUGUGAUUGUGGCAGAAAGCACUGCCAAGAAAGUGCUGCUCUGAUAGUUAAGAAUCACUUGAAGAAAGUUAGUCUAAAGGACACAGCAAUGGAGUUCCUGAUGGAAUAUAGAUCUCAGUUGGUGCCUGAAAGUGAUGAUGUCACUUCCGGCCUUCUUGUUGGCCAUAUUCAUCUGAAUAAGACACAGUUGAUACAAUCAAAUAUCAGCAUAAAUGAUAUUCUUGAAAAGUGUCUAGACACAAUCAGUCUCAAUCAGAAGAAGAAAAAGGUUGGAACUCUGUUCAAGAGAAUUGAAUUAUCAUCCAGUGACUGUUGCUCCUUUUGCCAAUCUUCGAAAAGCAAAUGGACUGAUGUUCCCUGCGUCCAGUUUCUUUGGCAAGGGGCAAGUGAUGAUCUCUUAGAGAGGGCUUCGGAUUUCCUAGCCGAUACAGUUUGCCCGGUGCUUUUGCAGACAGUCAUUAAAGGUGAUCCUAGGGUUUCAGCUGCAAACGUAAUAUGGAUAAGUCCCGAUACUGCUACCUGGAUCAGGAGCCCAUGUAAGAGCCCUAAGGGUGAAUUGGCUGUAGAUAUAACCCUGGAAAAAGAUGCUGUUAAAAGGAGUGGAGAUGCAUGGAGGGUCGUGAUGGAUUCUUGCCUUCCAGUUUUCCAUUUGAUUGAUGCUCAGCGUUCCAUUCCAUAUGCAAUAAAACAAGUAGAAAAUCUGCUUGGUAUUUCUUGUGCAUUUGAGCAGGCUGUACAGCGUUUGUCUACAUCAGUGACAAUGGUUACGAAAGGUGUGCUCAAGGAUCAUCUUCUUUUGCUGGGUAAUAGCAUGACAUGUGCUGGAACGUUGAUUGGUUUUAAUGCUGGUGGCAUCAAGUCUCUGUCCAAAUCACUUGGUGUUCAAGUACCAUUCAUGAACGCAACAUUAUUUACUCCUAGAAAGUGCUUUGAAAGAGCAGCUGAAAAAUGCAAUGUUGAUAAUUUGUCAAGCAUUGUGGGUUCAUGUGCCUGGGGAAAGCACGUAUCUGUGGGAACUGGAUCUCCUUUUGAGAUCGUUUGGGGGACAAAAAAUUCUGAGUUGAUGGUGGAUGAGGAAAUUGACGUGUACAAUUUCCUCCGCAUGGUGAAUAGCUCAAAGCUGGAAGAUACAGGCACUAGUUGUCUGGGAGCAGAAAUUGAUGAUCUGGACCAGGAUGACUAUAUGGAUUUUGAUCUGUCUCCAGUACGAGAAUCUGGUGCAGAUAAGCCCACUUUUGAGGACGGAAUUGACUUUAGGCUUGAUGGAGAUAAUAAUGAUGGAUUAUCCAAGGAGGAUGAUGGGGGAUGGUCUUCUUGGGGUAAAAAAGUUGGCUCAGGGGUAAGCGAUUGGGCAACAACAGCUGAAGAUAGUGCCUGGGGUAAAAAAGUAGAUUCUGAAGAAAAUGGUUGGGCGGCAAAGUCAAACAAGGCUGAAGAAAGCAGUUGGGGUAAAAAAGUAGAUUCUGAAGAAAAUGGUUGGGCAAAGUCAAACAAGGCUGAAGAAAGCAGUUGGGGUAAAAAAGUAGAUUCUGAAGAAAAUGGUUGGGCAAACUCAAACAAGGCUGAAGAAACCACUCGGUGUAAAAAAGUUGAUUCUUCAGAAAAUGAUUGGACUAAAAGUUCUGAACAGAGCACUUGGGGUAAUAAGACUGCUGAGCAAAGCUCUUGGGGCAAAAAUGUUCGCUCUGAGGAAAAUGAUUGGACGAAAAAGCCUGAGGAAAGCACUUCAGGUAGGAAGGUCAAUUCUGAAGGAAAUGAUUGGAGGAAACAGCCUGAUACAUCCAAUUGGGCUGAAAAGGUUAAUUCAAGGGGAAAUGACUGGAACAAAACUGCCGAACAAAGCUCUUGGGGUGAAGAAGAGAAAGGUAAUUCAACCUGGGGAAAGAAAGUAGAUUCUGAUGGAGGAGGCUGGGGAAAGAAGGAUGACCGGAACAAGUGGGCUGCUAGUUCGAGUCCAACAAAGCCUCGUGAUCAGUCAGAUUGGGCAGCUGCAUCUGGUGGAGAGGGCCGGAGUAAAAUAAAUGAGCAGAGCAGUAGUUGGGGUGCACCUAUGACUGAUACUCAGUCUACUUGGGGUAAAAAUACCACUAAAAUAGACGAUGGAAAAUCUCAGGAAGGUGGCUUGUGGUCAGCUCCUUCUGGAGCUCAGAGAGAGGCAGCUCGUCAUGAACCAUCUAAUGCUGCUGGUUGGGACCAAUUAGGAUCUGGUACUGACUCUCUCCAGUCAGAUUCAAAGGAUAAUCCAUGGGGAAAUUCUAAAGCGGCUGAUGAAUCAACCCACGCGAAGGCUUCUGGUACUUGGGGCUCUUCAAACGACUGGGAUAAGUUUAUAUCGCAGUCUCCUGCAGGAGAAAACAAAGAGUCUCAAUCAAAUAACUGGGGUUCAAGCCAGAAACAAUCGAACGUCUCUACACCUGCGCAGGGUUGGGGUUCAAAGGACGAUACCUGGGGAACUAAGGUGGCUGAUGAAUCAACUCACUCAAAGGUUUCUAGUACUUGGGGAUCUUCGAAUGACUGGGGUAAGUCUGAUUCACAGUCUCAUGCUGGAGAGAACAAAGAAUCUCAGUCAAAUAACUGGAGUUCAAGACAGUCAAGCGACACUACACCUACUCAGGGUUGGGGAUCUCCAAAUGUUGAUACUUCCACUGACAAAGAUGCAAGGCCUCAGUGGGGGGGUGGUCGUGGCCGAGGUCGGGGUAGAGGUUGGGGCCGAGGUCGUUCCAGAGAAGGUUCACAAGGUAGGGGCCCUUCAAGUGAUGGAGAAUGGAAGAACAGGAGACCUCGUCCAGUUGAUGAUCCUAAUGCUCCUGGGCUUUUCACUGCAACAAGGCAGCGGUUGGAUUCAUUCACUGCAGAAGAACAAGAUGUUCUUGUGGAGAUUGAAUCAAUCAUGAAGAGCAUCAGAAGAGUAAUGCAUCAGACAGGGUACAACGAUGGUGAUCGGUUAUCUGCUGAUGAUCAGACAUACAUCGUUGAUAAUGUGCUCAAUUAUCAUCCUGACAAAGCUGCAAAAAUAGGAGCUGGAUUAGAUUAUAUCAUGGUUAGCAAGCAUAGUGAGUUCCAGGACAGCAGGUGCUUUUAUGCCGUCUCUGUUGAUGGCGUGGAAUCAGAUUUCUCCUACAUCAAGUGCCUCAACAAUUUCAUCAAGGAGAAGUACCCCGACAAGGCGGAAUCUUUCAUGCCCAAGUACUUCAAAAAGCAACAAUCGCGCCCUGGGUGGAACAAAGACCGUGGUGGUGGUGGUCCUCCUCGUAGUGAAGCUGGGACGCCCCGUGGCUGGAACAGUGAUUCCAAUGAAGCUGGGACACCAUCAACAUGGGCACGGACCCCGGGCUCUCAAAGUGAAGCUGGGACGCCCCGUGGCUGGAACAGCGAUUCCACUCUAGCGACAGAGGAAGCCGGGACACCAUGGGCGCAGACCCCAGGUCCUCAAAGUGAAGCUGGGACGCCCCGUGGCUGGAACAUUGAUUCCACUCCUGCAACAGAGGAAGCCGGGACACCAUGGGCGCAGACCCCAGGCCCGCAAAGUGAAGCUGGGACUCCCCGUGGCUGGAACAGCACUUCCACUCCAGCAACAGAGGAAGUGGGGACGCCGUGGGUGCAGACGCCAGGCCCCGAUGACGCAGCUACUGGUUGAUGUACAACACAUCACCUUUGUUAUUGAUGUACAGCUUCUUUAGCUACUAACAAGUUGGAAUUUUCCAGAAUUACUGAUCAUUUUGUGGUUAGGUUGGUCGAUGACAUGAAGUUUUUCACUUCACUUUUUAUCUCUUCAUCUUCAUGGCUGGAUUUUUGGUUUAUCUAUGAACUUAUUGUUACCAUCUCCAAUCUCAUGCAGUGCCAUUCAUCGUGUUUUAUUACCUUGUAUUACUCUAUUUAUUUAUGCAGGAAUUGCUUCUUUUUCCAUCUUA